AUGCUGAAAUCUGCGCUCACAUCUGCUCUGUCGGCAUGCUUGGCCGUGUUCACUACGCUGCUGUACCAGCAGUGGGCUAGCCCUUCACCGCAGCUCCAGCAGCAACAUGUUCCCGUUGCCACAAAGAUCGACCGCGAGCAGGAGCUAGCAGGCAGCCCGAGCACCGCCCCACCGUGGCCAACAACCGUCGACCUGGCCCAAGCUCUCGGGUUGGGUCGCGUCCUGCUGUCCCGGGGCGAACACGAAGAAGCCGCCCUUGUCUACCGUGUAGCAGCGUCCGCCGCUGCCGCCGUAGAUUCAAACCGCGAGCACGGAGAGGCACAGCACGGGCUUGGCCUGGCACUCCUCGCAACCGGUCGACCAGAGGAAGCUCUCGUGGCCUGCCGAGAGGCUGAACGACUCGAUCCCGACCUUCCAACAGCGACUUCCUGCAUUGGUGCUAUUUUGACCGACGCUGGGGACAUCGCUGGUGCGCUCACGGCAUUGCGCCACGCGGCAGAUAAGACAGAACGGGGAGAGGUAACGGCGGGAUUGUGGCGGGACGCUGAAGGCACCGCCGACACCAUCCAUGGCCGACUAGGAGCGGCCCUACUAGCUGCCGGGGAGGUUGACGAAGCGAUAGAAGUGUUGACGAGGGUUGAACUGGAGGCGCGGCGGGCCGGGGGUGACCCACACGCGGCGUACAACCUCGGCGUCGCAUGGCAGACCAAGGGAGAGACGGAGAAAGCUAUUGUUGCCUACUCAAGGGCUACCGACUUGGCACCAACCCUCGCUGCCCCGAGAGUCAAUCUCGGGGCACAGCUACUCCAGAGUGGCCGCUUGGCGGAAGCAGAAGCGGUUCUUUUGAGUGCUGCGGAGCGCGCGCGUGACGACCCUAUUAGCCUGGCUGCUACGUACUCCAACCUUGGAGCGGUGUUUCAGCGCAGUGGGAAGCCUGAAGAGGCGUUAGAAUCCUACUCCCGGGCAGUGCAGUCGGGAGCCGGACGCCCAUCUUUGGUGCACAUCGCCAAGCUCCACCACGAGCUUGGGCAACUAGAGCAGGCUCGUGAGGCGUGCCGAAGGGCGAUGCUUGAGGAGGGAGACUCGCUGGACGCGUCCCCGCUGCUGGUGACUGGUGUCAUUCUAGAAAGCCUUGGCAACGUCGGAGAGGCGGCCGACCACUUUUCAAAAGUAGUUCAUCAAGAUGCCGAGAAUGUUGAAGCGACGAUGCAUCUUGGCGCCUGCCAACAGCGUCUCGGACAGCACCACGAGGGGCCAAGUGGGAAACCUGGACGUUGUUUCUGUUUGAGGAAUCGCAAGAAGCCUCUACCUGUGAACGGUUUCAAAACAACGUACGUCUAUCCAGCUUUCGAGAGUUACACUGCUCCAGUAAUCGUCAAAGGUGGACUGAGGGAUGUACAACCGUUCGAGCGGGCCAUUUGUACGGGACAUUGGCUGGUGUACCGUACGCCUCCUGCCGAGACUGGAGCUGCCGAGAUGUCGCAAGUUUCUACCGCUCUUGCCUGUUUUGGAGGUGGGGAAGGGGAUGCUGAGGCAAAGGAUGCCGCAGUCGCGAACCCAGCCGAUGAAACGUUAGUGUCUCACGAUCCUUCAACGGAUGGGAUCAUAGGUGCGCAGCCUUCUGAGGGCAUUGGCGGCGGCGAGGACGAGGGCAUAGCGAUGGUGGUGGAUGGCAACGGGCUGGCAACGGGCACACUGGAGACACAUGCAGAGGGGACACCAGCACGUAGUAGCGGCACAGAAUCCUCUGCUCCAGCAAAGGCAGCCUAUCUCGAUUCAGACAUCGUCGAGGAAGAGCUAGCCGCACGAGAUGACGACAACAUUGGUUCAACUGUGGCCGGCAGUAUUGGCAACCAAGGUACUGCGGAUGACAUCGAACAAGGCGAAAAGCAUGUGCUACCGUCGGGUACUGAACUACCUCUUCCAAACGGUAAUGGAAACGUAGAGAGUACGGCUGUGGUAGAUCUGGAUCAGGCGGAGGCGGAGGCUGAUGCCUUGGCCACGCUCAAAAACAAACUUGGCUCUUCGUCUAAGGAAGGGGAAGGGGGGGAGCGUGGCCCAGCGGUACCCGGUUUGGAAGUCCCGGUGGUGGAAGAGGAGGAGGAGGAGAAGGAAAGGCAGGCGAACGGGAGAACCGUGCCGGCAACAGCUGCUGAAAGAGAGUUCGCAUCUCCUCCAUUGAACGACGCCAAUGGGGAACAAACACCCGACGGCGCGGCUGACGCCGACAAUGAGGAGGACGACGGUCUUACGGGGUUAGUUGAGGAAAAUGGCAGCGUCGAUGGAGGAAGCGACUCAUUCGAGGAAGGUGACAUAGCAACCCGUGACCCUGUGGCUGAUGUCAUUCACCCUGCAGAGCCUUCUUUGGCAAGCGCUAAAAGUGACACGGUGAGUGGAGAUGGUCACGAUAUCGCCACUAGACUGGGCAACGACAACCCAGUUGGGACAGAGGACGAUGUAACGGCACCGGCUGGUGGCAGCGUUGACGCUGUGUCUGAAAAGUCAGUCGACGAGGAGGCGGUGCACACAUUAGGCGAAAAGGCUGUGGUGCAGGGAGAGACAGAAGGAGCCGAGGCACGAAGGGAUUCACAUGAGCAGGAGGUGGUAGAUGGCGUGGGAGCUGCUGAUGUUACGGUGGACACACAAAGCGAGGAACUCGACCUCCCGCCGACAGCAGUCGAUACGCCAGGAACGAGUGGUGGCUUCCUCUCAGAGCAAAUCACUAAUAGCCUGGGAGAGCAAGCCAAGGAGGGUAUUUCAGAGGAAUCUAUAGAUGGGGAUAACAUCGAGCAAGUCUCUAGUAGUCCUGGAGAGCAUGCGAAGGGGAGUAUCACAAAGGACUCUAUGGAUGGGGACGACAUCGUUGAAGCGCGUGCCCCAGCCACUAUCGAGGUCGGUGCUGCUGAUGAUGAGACGGAUGAAGCCAUGGGUGGCAACAGCCGUAGCAGUGGUGACGCUAGUGGUGGAAGCGGGGAUACUCCUGCCACUGAGGUGCCGAAGGGGCCAGAGAGCGAUGAAACUGAGGCGGGUACUGCUGAUUCCGCUGAUGCUGUCGCCGAAGUGCCCGUUAGUCCGAUCGUCGUUUCCGAGGACGAUGUGAAGCGCGCGCGAGCCAAGGCCAAGCUGGGCAUGGCGAAGCUACAGCAGGGUCAGGCGAAGAAGGCCGUGUCUCUGUUCGAAAAGGCGGCUUCAAUCGACCCAGGGUGGUGGGGGGGUUUCUACUACGCAGCGCUCGCUCACGACGCCCUCGGAAACGCAGAAGCGGCCGCGGGUGCUUUGGUCUCCGCGCUCAGCGUCCCAGCCCCAACCGAGGAGAACGAGGUUGCAGGGCUGUCGGCGCUGUCUUCAAAGGUGUUGGCGGCGCUUGACCGUGGAAAACAGGUACCGGUGGCGGCUGUUCUCAAGACUGCCAUGGAUACUUCAGGUUUGACGUUUGCGGUCGCACCGCCCACCCACGACCCGCCAUCACAAAGGGACCUUGGUAACAGUGGAAACACCAAUUCGGUGUCACCCCAAGGCACCGGCGUCGGCGAACGCACCGCUAACAUGGGGGGCAGCGCGGGGGUAGAACGGGCCAAAAGUCGCGACACAGCAAGUAGACCUGGUCGGGACGCUGACCUUGCUAGCCAAUUCGGGAGAGCAGACGGAGCUGCUGGUGCCAUUCCAAGCAGGGAGGGACGGGCGAGAGAAAGCUUGGAAAAUAUUGGCAGAGAGCUGCCUUCUUCAGGGCAACGUGGACCAGCUGGUGGCGACGACGGAGCACGACGAGCGGCAGGGGAAGACCGAACAUAUCCUGGAACCGGCCGAGGAACGGGGUCCGGAAGGCCGCAACGCGGGCUCCUGGUUAUGACUUCUUCAGCAGGAGUGAACUCAUUUACCGGGAGGCGAUGGAUACUUCAUCGCUCAAGGAUGGCCGCUCACGUCCGUGUUGGCUUUUUCUCGGUGCUCCUGGUUGCGGCGUCUCGGCUUCAGGCGUCGCAGGCGGCCUUCACUUGUUCCGGAGGGUAUACUUCCUGUCCGGACAAAAACUUGCAGAGUCAUUCCUCAGGUGGUCGGGUGCAUGCUAUUCUCCACCGAGCGAUUAACCUGCCUGACGCCGACAUUCACCAGCAGAGCGGUCUUAGCGAUCCUUACGUAAAGUUUUCCGUGGGAGCCAACGCGGCUCAGUCAUCUGUGGUGGAUGGGAACCUCAACCCGCAAUGGCAAGAGGAAAUAGAUCUUGGCUUCCACAAUUCGGGCGAGGUUGUCACCAUCGAAGUGGUCGAUUCGGAUAGCGGCUUGGAGUUCGGCGAUGACUUGCUGUACAGCGUGGAUGUGCGUGUGCCGUGGUGCAGCGCUUUCCAUGCCAAUGCCACUACAGCGGACUGCGGCGAGGAAUACGCUUACAACUGCGACGUUCAGGGAAUGGCUUGGGCGAUGCCCACGCAGCCGUGGUGCAACGAGACUUCUUGGGUCUACCUCGGGAGCACCAGCGACUCCGACGGUGGGGAGGCUGAUUGUGGCGACGACCAGACCGAAUUCUCUUGCCUGUGGCUCGAGUUCACCAUCAUACCGUUCCAGGUGGAGGUGGAAAACACCUACGAGGGUGACCAGUUUCUCGUGACGGUUGCUGACUACGACGGGGAUUUCGCGAACGACCCAGCCUACGACGACUACGGCGUCGUAUAUCGUAACAUACCACAGCUUCUAGACGUUAACGGGGGGCUCUUUGACGAAAUCCGCGGAGGCAUCAUGGUGAGGCCGGACAACACAGUGGCGGGCACGUCAGGCGGUGGGAAGGUGGUCGACUUCUCAAUCAACGCAGACUCUACCGUCUGGGUGUGCAAGUGGGAUGAGGAUACUACUACCUAUGGAGACCCGUCUUGGCUGACGGAGGAGGGUUGGCAAUCAACAUCGGCGGAGAGCUUGACGGGAUACAGCCACAAUCUCGACUCCAAGGCCUUCUGGAACCGGUUCUUGGAGCACAUCUUCGCCGUCCUAUUUUUCGCAUGGCUCUCGGCGGGGUUUCUCGCAAGAAAGGAGUUCCGGGUUGACCUCACAGAGGCUCACCUCAUGGAGACGGCGGUAGCACAAGGCAAGCAAAGGAACGUGCUGCGCCAUCUACUGGCGACCCACGGCAAGUCAGAGAAGAACGCCGUCUUCAGGAGAAACCUGUGCUUGGCGGCCUUCUCGACGCGGUUGUCGCUGCUGGUCCCGGUGGUGGCGCUGUGGGCGUGGGGACUCGCCAUCGUCAUCACGGUUAACCCCCCGGCGGUGGGUUUCCUGUUCUGCUUUAUUGGCACAUCGUUGAUCAUGGGCUGGAACGGCUACAACCACUGGAAGUCUCGCGGGUGGAUGAUGACCUGGCCUUCGCUAGUCUGCAUCCUGGGGGCGGUCUUCUUCCUUAUGGCUUUCCUAGCAGCUGAGGUUUUCGUCGAUCCCGCGGCGUACUUCGGGUCGGGGGACCUAGAUUUCUGCGGCCUGACGGGCAUCUUUCUCACCCUGGACAUGUUCCCGCUUGUGUUUUUGCUCUUCUCCAACGACGCAAAGCUGCAGCGCUCGGUCAAUAAGCUCGGAGCCGUGGUGGGACAGGUCACCCGCCUCGAGGAACUCAAAGGGACCAACUCAAAGUUUUCGCCAACGCUCAAGCGUACGCUAUCGGAGGAGAUGAUGCUGAACAUGGGCGAGGUGGAACGGCCGGGGCCGAAGGGGGACGACGCGGGCGAUGCGGGGGAGCUAAUGGCCAAGAACCCCUUCUACUCUCUUCUCGGGGACUGCUACACGAUCGUGGCCUCGAUAAAGACUUUCCGUUUUAGUGACCUGUUGUCGGCCACCAUGAGAACCUCGCUCACCAAGAAGAAGCGGCGGGAUAGAUCCCUGUACGCGCUGUCCGUGCUCUUCCUGUUGGCGUAUCUUACGGUGUCGGCGGCGAGGACGUCGCACGCACACCUGUCGCUCCUCAACAUCAUCACCCUGGUCCUCCUGGACAGCUGUCACUACAGCAUCCACCGCGGGUCUACCUAUUGGUCUCCCGGCUAUGGCGUCAUGCUCAUGGCGGCCGCCCGUGUGUCCAUCAUUGCGUUCAUGAGCAAUCUUUGGAUCGUGGGCUAUUCAAUCGCGUUCGUCAUCUAUGGCGGCGCCCUCAUCCGCGCGGUAGUAACCCACCGCCUGCCGCGGUUGAAUCAAGAGGAAGCUGGGGCCGUCGUGUUUCUUGGGCACGACCCGAAAGGCAUCAAGUGUGACGACAUUGCGGCGAACCCCGAGUUGGUCCUUGGGUACACCAGCCUGUACUUCGUUCUCGUUCUCGUCGUACUGGCCUACGCCGAGCCGUCGGGGCUUCCCACACCGUCGAUCCGCGUAUGGGGGCAGGAGUGGCCGGCCUACAUCUUCACGCUCACGGGGGUUCUAGUGGUCAUGUCUUCCGGCCUUUUUGUGGCAUGCCUCAGGUCCUUGUCCCUAGGUAAGCAGGGUCUCCUCCCAGCCAAGCUCGGCGCCGCCUACAUGUGGCACCCCGCGGUGCGCCUGCCGACCAUCCUCGCGGCCGCGACGGGAUUUUCGGUCUUGUGCACGGGACUGUUAGUCUGGGCGGCGACGGGUUCCUCCGCGGCGUUCAAGGUGUCCCUCUGUCUGCCCGCCAUCGUUCUGCUUGGCCGUUCGACGUACAGUCGCUGGGUCAAGAACGACUACGAACUGGUACGCUGGCCCCCAGACGUCGAAAAGGAUAAAGCAGCUGGAAUACACGUCGCCGGCGAAGAGCAGGAAGAUCAUACACCUGACGCGGCACAGCUCGCCGCCGGCAUGCUUGGGGAUCUGUUCAGUCCUGGAGAUUUCGGAGCUUCGGACGGCGGCGGGUUUAAAGAUGAAGGGGGGGGGAAGCAAGGAAUAAUUCUGCCAGAAUUCCGCCCCACCGGCGAUGCCUUUACCGGCGAUAUCCAGAUGCCGGUGCUGCCCCUCAAGAGCGCUUUGCAGCGCACGCGUGCGGCUCAGCAGCGAGGAGCGGGACCGGGGGGGGGCGGAAAUGAGGGAGCGGGCCUGCUGAACAAUGAAGCGUACGACGGUGACGGAGACGAAGGGGUCGGGGCGGCAUUCGCGCAGUCGGAGGAAAAGGCCCUCGUCAGGCCCAAGUAUGUGAGGAAGCAGCAGGGGGACUACGCCGCAGCGGGAGCAGCGGGCGAUGUGGGCAGGGAGGGCGGUGCCGGAGGGGAAGAAGUGGGGGUCUGGAUCAGGGCCGGGGUGGCCCUCAGCCGGUUUCUGGAUGGAAAGGGGUCCUUGGGCGUGCUGUGUCGGAAGUGUCGCCGGAGAAAAAAGAUUGGAGCUUUCGAGGGUGGCGUCGACGGCGAGGGAGAAAUAGGGGAAGGAGACGUCGGGUACGGCACGCUUCCUGGCAGCGACGGGAACGGUGGGGGGAACCACGGGGACAACGCGGACGAGGAACUGGGCGAGGUGCGAGUGGAUAGCCUCUCUUUCCGACGCGCGUUCCUGGAGGGCUAUCUCUUGCCGCACGAGUACCGGGCGUGCUACGGUUUCGCCGCGUGCGUGGCGCUUACCGUAGUAAUGGGCCUGCUGCUCUCAAGGGAGCACCAAGGGUGGAUGGGACACCUGUUGUGGACGGGGAUGCUCGUGGUGGCAUUCACCUUCAUUCCGGCUGCCAAAUGGUUUGGCACUUACGAGGUCGACACCACGAUGAAGCUCUCUCUGUGGCUGGCCGGAAUCAUUCUCACAACAACGUGUGCACUGACAUUCGUCCUACUCCUCGACGCCGAGGCCUUCCGCGACCAAUCGCUCGCGGUGUUGAAUGCCCUCCUGGCCUACCCGAUCGUCGUCUACAGUGCAUUUUCCUGCUACCAGGCCAUGGACGGCCCGACUCCAGAGAGAGUGUCGUCCAACUUCGACGACAACGGAGAGGAAAUGGAAGAGCCCCCUUCCAAGUGCGCCACGCUGUACCACAAAACCGUCGGUCGCUUCGUGUCCUUUAAGGCCCUGCUGGCGGUCGUGACAGCCCUCUGGCUGUGGCAGAGCUUUUUGUGGGGCGGAAUGUACACGGGGUGCGGGCUAACCGUCGCCGUUGCGCUGGCCGGAAUGGUGGGGCUGAUCAUCCGAGACUACCUGUCGCAAGGAUCCAUGGUGUCCAGGUCUAACAUCCGCGGAACGGUUCGCCUUUUCGCGGACACCGUCAUGAUCGCUUGCCUUGCGGCCGCGCUGUGGGGGGUCGGGGCGGAGGCGUUCUGCCUUACCGUGUUCUUCGUGGUUUGGAUUCUGCGCAUAGCCCUCCCCGUCGCCACGCGCUGGUUGGAAGCCGAGCCAGACACGGUCAUCUACUUCGCGCCUUGGGUGUUCCCCGCCUAUACGUACGACCCGCGGACUGGUAAUCUGGUGGACGAGACCCACGUCACGCGGCAGGCCUUCUCCGGGCUGCUGGUUGGCGUGGCGUGGGGCAUCGCCGUGGCGAUUUUCGUCGAGCCUCUGGGCAUAGGCGUGGCGAUCGCGUGCGUGUUCAUGAUGGCCCUGGCUUCGGCCGUCGCGUGGUGCGUGAGCUUCUCGCCUAACCGCCUGGGGGUCGCGGCACAGUUCCUGGACUCAUCCUUGGUCUUCGAGGCUGGCGAUGUGGCGAGGUCUUGCUUCGUGUCCCGUCACGCCGUGUUUGAGGUCGAAUGCGAAGAGUUUGCAGACCAAACAAACAAGGGCUACCGUGGCGCCGACGGCAGGAUCAAUCCAGCAUCCAACGCCGCCAGGAUGUUCGAGGCCAGAGAAUCCGCCGUCGAUCUAGCCGUUGGACUCGAAGAAAAGAACAAGGCGCUGAGAGUGGUGCUCGACGAAGAGACAGGGAUCUACGAAACGAGGUCAGACUCGCUGUACUCUUUCGGAGAAGCCGUCAUGGAGGCAUGGGUAUCUGGGAAAGGACCGCUCGGCCCGAUCGGAUGUUUCGGGUUGUGGUUCGGAAUACUGCGGCUCUUCGCGUUGGUCGGUCAUGUGUGCUGCCGAAAGUUGGGAGCAGCACACAACCCGAUCCUUGCGCGCUACCUCCCGGACGGGCAGAGAAGGGACGCCAACACUCUUUCUCCACCCAUCGAUCACCCGGACAUUCUGCUCGAGAUUCUGGACAACGAAUCAGUUUUCCGGGGAGCGUUCCGGGAAGAGCUUAUGUGCAUGAUGCACUUCCAGAUUCUCGUGCUGCUCUCCGCUGAGGCUCGUCUUCAGCGCGAGGGAAUCUUAUUCAGAAAGUUCUUGAAGGAAAACCACUUCAAGCUUCUGUCUAACGGAAUCGUGCCGCCGAACGCCGUCUUCAGCAGCGCUAGUUUCGCAUCGGUGAAUAUCCCGAUGAUGGCGGUGUGGCUUACAGGGCUAACUGGGGAGGAGCGGGAGCGGUUUCAGGCGCUACGCAGAAAGUUCUCCGAAAUACAGUCCGACCGCGACCGCGCGGUGAUUGAGGCGGACGAGGCCUGCGACAAAGCUGCCGCGGAGCUAGAGAAGGGAAGGGAGGCCAGGUCAAACAAGAUGGCCGCAAAGCAGAGGGAGACCUUCGCGAGGAGACGAGCGGAGAGGGCGGAUGCAUGGACCGAGCAACUCGCAAUACAGGACCAGCAGAUGUUUGCGAGCCUGAGGGCCCAAUGGCUCAAGCACGACAACGUCACGGUACACCCAACCCACAAGCUACUCCGAGAGGGCUUUGAGCGCGAGGUGCUCCUGCACGGCGAAGAGGUUGAGACCAACGCCCGCGAGAGCCUCGAGGACAUCGAGUCCCAGGGUCGUGGUUGCCGCCCGGGAGCCUAUGGCCGGAAGCUGCAGUACGCAGACCCCGAUUUCCCCCCAGACAACUCCUCCGUGGGGAAUGCGCAGUGCAGGCAGCAGCUGGCCUCGCAGUGGAAGGUCUCACUGGCUGUAAACCCAGACAUCAGGCUUUUCGAUGACGGAACGGAUCCAGACGAUGUCCGGCGAGGAGCCUUCGCUGACUCCUGGCUGCUAUCGGCCCUCAGCAUCAUUUCCGCGGCCUCGGUAGGGGACGGGGGUGUCGACGAACAGAUCGCUCAGCUGUUCGUGAGUCCCAUCGGGGGCGACGGCCGCCCGGUGUUGGAGUCCUACACGGGGGCCUACGCUGUGAAGAUCACCGUCGGCGGAAAGUGGCAGGUGGUGAUAGUGGACGACUACUUCCCCGCCCUCGAGACCAGCCAAGCGGACGACGACAACAAGGGACUAGCGGUCGGGCACAGCUACGGGGCUCGCGAGCUGUGGGUAUCGCUCUUAGAGAAGGCCUACGCCAAGUUCUUCGGCAGUUAUGCCGCCUUGGAGACUGGCCACGUGCACCACGCGCUAUCGGCCUUUACGGGGGCCCAGUCAGAAGAAAUCUUCCUGGCAGGGGCGGGCAGGGGGGUUGGAAAAAAGAGCCUGUGGAAGAAAAUGACCAAGUACAAACGCAACGGAUACCUGCUGGGGGCUGGUACGAUCACCGGAAACCUCGUCGAAAAGCAGGUCCAGGACAUAGGUCUCGUCUUUGGGGCGGCGUACACUAUCCUGGACGUGAGAGACUCGGACGGGGAGCAGCUCAUCAAACUGAGGAACCCCCCGGGGGACCACGAGGAAUGGAGAGGAGACUGGGGGGACAACUCAAUGCUGUGGACACGCCGCCGACGGGCCCGCCUGGGGUUGGUGAAGAACGACAAGGACAACGCGUUUUGGAUGUCGUUCAACGAUUUCUGCGUCGUGUUCCGAAGCCUGUACGUCUGCCGGUGGUACGACCCACGGCGAUGGACUCGCCUCGAGCAGUCGGGCAGCUGGGAGAUGCGCGAAGAUCUCGACACCGCAGCCGGCCUUCCCUCUGCCCAGCAGAAGGUGUGCGAGUUGGAAAACAACCCGCAGUUCGUCCUGGAGGUGAAUCGCAUCACAGACCUCAAGAUAUCCUUGAUACAGACUGACGACGAGGUUCAGCCAGCGGCGUGUUUCGUCCUUCGAGAGGACGAGGCGACGUCCAGCACACAGCCGGAGAGAUUCCCUGCCAGAGUCUCGAGGCUUUCGAGGGAGGUUGUGGUGGCAAGUACAGGCCCCCCCGCGCGGCAGCGAGAGCGGAACAUCUACGUGACGCUCGCGUCGGGUACCUACGUGGUGAUGUGCGCCGCCUUCUUGGCCGGCAUGGAGGGGUCUUUCAAGGUGGAGAUCACGACGAACUCCCCGCAACUCAAGUUCCGCAAACUUUGGCCGCCAGCCGACCCCAGCGAGCUGGAAAAGGCGUUCGACGACAGCAAAGCUGCCGGGCGCAUCGCUAAUAUGGGCCUCGAGAAGCUGGGGGCGAUGAGUGCCGGACUAGGCGACAAGCUCAACGACAACGCCGACAAGGCGUUGAAUAAGGCCAGAGCUUUGGAGAUGGGCCUCAAGGUAGCCGCCGCAAGAGAAAAGGAAGAGCGUGUGAAGGAGGACGCAGAGCUAGACGCUGAAGAUGGUAGAGGAAGGCAGCAAGAGCAGCAGCAGCGCGUGGUCGAAAAUCCAUACCCCUAG